UCCUCCACCCGCUCGACUCGCCCUCAACCGACCAUCGUCCCUCGCUCCUCCCGCCGCGGUCUCUUCGCCCGCUUCUGCCUCAUCAACGAAAUCACCAAUGCCUUCGACUACUCCCGGCGGAUGAAAUGGACCAUCACCUUCAUCGUAGCGGUAGCAGGGUCCGCCGCACCGAUGGGUUCGUCCAUCGUCCUCCCCGCUCUGGUCGACAUCGCCCGCGACUUCAACUCCACCGCGACAGUCGUAAAUCUCAGCGUGGCAUUCUACAUGCUCAGCAUGUCCAUCUUCCCACUAUGGUGGAGUUCCUUCUCGGAAACCCUCGGCCGGAGAACAAUCUACGUCGUCUCAUUCGGCCUCUUCCUCGUCUUCAACGUCCUCUCCGCAGUCAGCACGAGUAUCGGCAUGUUCAUCGCCAUGCGCGUCCUCUCCGGCGGAGCAGCAGCAAGUGUUCAAGCCGUGGGAGCAGGGACCAUCGCAGACGUAUGGGAAGUCAAAGAACGCGGCCGAGCAAUGGGAAUCUUCUAUCUCGGACCACUAUGCGGUCCACUCCUCUCCCCCAUCCUCGGAGGUGUCCUCGCUCAAACCCUCGGCUGGCGAUCAGCACAAUGGUUCCUCGCCAUCUUCGCCGUGCUCCUCUUCAUCCUCAUUGUCCUCCUCCUCCCCGAAACUCUCCGUCAACGAAAAUCUCUCUCCGCCGCCGCCGAGCAGGAAGCAAGCGAACCCAACCCCGACUCUACCCUCAGACCCACCCUCACCCGCAUAACAACCCAACGCUCCGUCGCUCUCAAAGCGAAAAAAUACACCCUCAUCCUCCGCCGCGUCUUCCUCGACCCCCUCCGAAUCAUCCUCUACCUCCAACUCCCCGCCGUCGCCAUCCUAGUCGCCUACGCCGCCGUGACCUUUGGUUCCCUCUACGUGCUCAACAUCUCCAUCCAACAAACGUUUUCCUCCGCACCCUACUCCUACGGCAGCAUCAUCGUCGGCUGUCUCUACAUCCCCAACUCCGCGGGAUACUUCAUCUCCUCCAUCUUCGGCGGACGAUGGGUGGACAAAAUCAUGCAACGGGAAGCGGUCAAAGCAGGACGCUACGAUGAAAAGGGGCGUUUACAAUUCAUUCCCGAAGAUCGCAUGAAAGAAAAUGCCUGGCUGGGUAUGCUGAUCUACCCUCUCUCCCUGAUCGCCUACGGCUGGUGCGCGGAAUACAAAGUCAACGUCGCCGCGCCGAUGGUGGCGAAUUUCUUCUUCGGCGUGGGGAGUAUGCUCAUCUUCGCGCUCGUCACGACCAUGUUGACGGAGUUCAUGCCGAGGAAGAGUUCACACGGCAUCGCGCUGAAUAAUUUCGUGAGGAAUAUUUUCAGCUGUGUGGGGACGAUUGUCACCGAGCCGUUGAUUGUGGCGAUUGGGAAUGGCUGGUUGUUUUUGGGACUGGGGGUGAUUAGUUUGGUGUCAGGGGGGUUGACCAUCUGGGCGAUGAAGAGGUUUGGGCCGAGGUGGAGGGAGGGGAUGGAG